UCUUCCGGGGCGGCCUGGGCCAACGCUUCCUAUGGGCCAGCCGUCCCGUCCGACCGGUCGCUAAAUGCUUCGUUCCCGCGGGCGUCCGGUACUUGGGUUACUCCCGCCGGCCCGGUGUCCGUCCUCCCCGCUUUCCCGCGGCGGCCGUCCGCUUCCCGGCCGCGGCCCCAUGGAGCUGCGGGCGGUGGUGGCCUCCCUGGAGGCCUUGGCCUCCCUGGAGUUUGCGGAAAGCUGGGACAACGUGGGGCUGCUGGUGGAGCCGAGCCCCCCGCACAGCGUGCGCACGCUGUUCCUGACCAACGACCUGACGGAGGAGGUGAUGGAGGAGGCGCUGGGCGCCAAGGCGGACCUCAUCCUCGCUUACCACCCGCCCCUCUUCCGGCCCCUCAAGCGUCUCACCUGGAGCAGCUGGAAGGAGCGCCUGGUCAUCCGGGCCCUGGAAAACCGCGUCGGGAUCUACUCUCCCCACACGGCCUCCGACGCCGCCCCCCAGGGAGUCAACCACUGGCUGGCCAAAGGGCUCGGGGCCUGUACCUCGGUGCCCAUUCGUCCGUCCACGGGCCCCAAGCCCCCGACCGCGGGGACGCACCGAGUGGAGUUCAGCGUGUCGGCCUCCCAGGGUCUGGAUCAAGUCCUCGACGCCCUCAAAGGGAUCCAAGGCGCGGCCGUGGCUACCUUCUCCAUCAGAACGGAGGGGGAAGAGAAGAGGCAAGUGAGGGUGAACUGUUCCCCGCAGGCCUUGCUGGAGGUGGUGGCCUUUCUCUCCCAAAACCAUCAGCUCUAUGAGAAGACGGAGAUCCUGGCCCUGGAGAAGCCUCCGCUGCUCCACACGGGAAUGGGGCGGCUGUGCGGCCUGCGGGAGCCCGUCUCCGUGGACACCCUCGUCCGGCGCGUCAAAAGUCACCUCAAACUGGACCACGUCCGCCUGGCCCUCGGCGCGGGGAAGACCACCGAGUCUCCGGUGUCGACGGUGGCCCUGUGCGCCGGCUCGGGGAGCAGCGUCCUGCAGGGAGUGGCAGCGGACGUCUACCUCACAGGCGAGAUGUCCCACCACGAGGUCCUGGACGCCGCGGCCAGGGGCGUCACGGUGGUCCUGUGCGAGCACAGCAACACCGAGCGCGGCUUCCUGGCCGAGCUGCGCGGCCUGCUGCUCCCGCGCCUGGGCGACGGGGUCCGCGUCGUCGUGGCCGCCACGGACCGGGACCCCCUCCGGGUGGCCUAGGACCGGGGAGGGCGGCGGCACUCCUCGCCGCCUCCGUCGUCAUCGUCGCGGAGGAUCCGACUUCCAGAGCCCCGCCUCGACCCCCGCCGAAGCUCCUCCGUCGGACGGCUGAGCGCAGAGCGACGCGCUCGGGAGAGUCGGUAAAAACACACCCCGCCCCACAACGUUAGGAAAAUGAUAAUAAUAAUAAUAACGAUGGCGUUUGCCAAGCGCUUACUAGCACCGUUCGAAGCGCUGGGGUGA